UUGCAGAUUGUGAAUCUCCUAAACGAUCUGUAUAAUGGAUUUGACUCGAUCAUCGAAGAGCACUCUGUGUACAAGGUGGAAUCAAUUGGUGACGGAUAUUUGUGCGUCUCUGGUCUCCCAGUGAGAAAUGGCUAUGCUCACAUCAAGGAAAUCGCGGAGUUGUCGCUGUCAUUCAUGAAGUUCGUUGAAGAAUUCAGAAUAUCUGCCUUACCGAAAGAAAGAGUCCAACUUCGGAUCGGCGUCAACUCAGGAACGUUUUGCAAUAUGCUCAAGAGAGAUGUGUUCGUUAACAAUAGUGACUCAAUUUCUCAGAAGGGGUUCUGGCGGAACGAAGCUGCUGCUCCAUAUGAGGUCAUUUGCACAUUGAGUGGCCGUUUGUUGACCGGCGGUUCUCACAAGGAUGCUAGUUCACAUGCCAGGCGUUCCUGA